ACGAGCCAGAUGGAGGGAGACAGUGGCCAAGACUGGGGUGUCACAUGUACACACACACACACACACACACACGUACUCACGCACGCACACGCCUUAGCAACCCACAGGGGAGGGGCGGGAGGCCCCCAGCUGCUGCACUCCACAGCCAGAAAGUGGGAGGGGCCGCCCAUGAGUUCAUCUACUUCCUGCCCAAAUCUGCUUUAAAAGGAGGCGGCCGGGGCUCCCCGGGAACGCAGCUGCCUCUAGUUCCAUGCUCAGGAGCACUGCCUGCAGAGCCCUCUCUCUCUCUGUGCAGCCCCGGUCCAGCCACCGCGGCCACCACCACAUCCAGCAUCCCUGCGGCGACCGCAGCUGAGCCUACACCACCAGACCCCGGAGCACCGAGACCUGAGGAUGUUCAGUGGCCCCGUCCUCACCUGCCUGGCCCUGGGCCUGGCCCUGGCCACAGGCACAAGGAGCGACCCGGUGCGGGCAGCCCGGCUGGUCACGGACUUUGGGGUGCAGGUGUUCCAGCAGGUGGCCCAGGCCUCCCCUGACAGCAACAUGGCCUUCUCCCCAUACGGCGUGGCUUCCGUGCUGGCCAUGCUCCAGACCACCACGGCGGGGGAGAGCCAGCGACAGAUCCAGGAGGCCAUGCACUUCCGGACGGAAGACAGCGGCGUGGCGCCCGCCCUGCGCCGGCUGCAGAAGCAGCUCCUGGCCCCGUGGAACAAGGACGAGUUGAGUGCCGCCAACGCCAUCUUCGUGCAGCGCGACCUGCUCCUGAGCCCCGGCUUCAUGCCCCACUUCUUCAAGCUGUUCCGGACCACGGUCAAGCAGGUGGACUUCUUGGAGGUGGAGAGAGCCAGGUUCAUCGUGAACGACUGGGUGCAGAAACACACCAAAGGCAUGAUCACGGACCUGCUGAGCACAGAUGCCCUGGACCCGCUGACUCGGCUGGUGCUGGUGAAUGCGCUGUACUUCAACGGCCAGUGGACGCUGCCCUUCCCGCCGUCGGCCACCCACCACCGCCUCUUCCACAGGAGUGACGGCAGCAGCUUCUCGGUGCCCAUGAUGGCGCAGACCAACAAAUUCAACUACACCGAGUGCACCACCCCUGACGGCGACAUCUACGACAUCGUGGAGCUGCCCUACCACGGAGGCACCAUCAGCAUGUUCAUCGCCGCGCCCUACCGGAAGGAGGUGCCCCUGUCCGCCAUCACCGACAUCCUCGACACCGAGCUCGUGAGCCAGUGGAAAGGGAACAUGACCAAGGUCGUGCGCCUGCUCGUGCUGCCCAAGUUCUCGCUGGAGAGUGAAAUCGACCUGCGGCGGCCGCUGGAGGACCUGGGCGUGAGCGACGUGUUCAGCCCCAGCCGGGCGGACUUCAGGAGCCUCUCAGACCAAGAACCACUCUACGUGUCCCAAGCGCUACAGAAGGUGAAGAUCAAGGUGGACGAGAGCGGCACGGUGGCCUCUUCCUCCACUGCUGUGGUCAUCUCAGCCCGCAUGGCCCCCGAGGAGAUCAUCAUGGACAGGCCCUUCCUCUUCGUGGUACGACACAACCCCACAGGAACGAUCCUUUUCAUGGGCCAAGUGAUGGAGCCCUGAGUGCGGGCAGGUGGCGGCCAGGUGGGACACAACUGGACAAGGACCUGCGAGGAAGCACGUCUGGAGUGUGACAUCUCUGCUGGAUUCAUCUUUCCAGAGAAAGAAAAGACAUUUGCUUUUUUUUUUUUUUUUUUUGAACUGAUAACUCACCCAGACCUCAGCCUCUCCCAGGAGGACAUGAGCAAAUGUCCAAGGAAGUCCUGGGGGCACCUCUGAGGGCCCCCCUGAAGGCAGAGCCCCCACCUACUGCAGACUUAAAGAAGCGCCCGCACAGGCUCCAGCCCGGCGUGGGGUGCUCGGGGCCAACCUUCAGAGGCCUUGGCAGGGCGGCCUUCGAGGCUCCCGGAGCUCCUGGGGCUGGGGGGAGGAUUUGCGUUCCGGUCACGUUGCCAUCACUGGAGCACUGUCUGCUCGGCCGAGGCUGGCUGCUGGCCAAGGGCCAGGCGCAAGCCACCCUUUGGGCUCAGAAGCCGAGUGGGCUCAGGGCGCCCGCCCGCCCGCCCGCCCGCCCCAGGGCUGGGUGCGUUCCUGAUCCUGAGUGUCGGGGAAUUGUUUACUCCCAGAAGCGGAUUUCUGCUUCCCACAAACUUGAUUUUGCAGGAAGGCGGGCAGGCUGUGUGUGCUGGGCUCUCAGCCCCGGCUGGGGAGGGGAUGCGGGGGGGCACGCUUGAAUAUUUAUCACAUGCUUCUGCUCGUGUGCUUGCCAGAGACGGUGCUCGGGGGUGGGGGGCUGAGGGUCCACUGUACACUCGCUUCUAGACCCCUUGGAGGUGUCUGGCCCGGAGCCUGCUUGCCCACUGCCAGACCCAGGGGGCACGCGGGAGUGACGGCACCACACCGCCACCUGGUGGCCACUCAGAGCUUCCCGCCCUGGCUCCCGGCCUGGCCCUGGCCUGGCCAGCCUCUCUCUCCCCUUGACUGGACCCAAAGGAAGUGGUGGGUGCGAGGGACCCAAGUGAGGCCAGUCAGAGGCUUCAGAAGUUUCCGAUCUAUUUAGGAGCACAAGUGGGAGAUCUGCCCGACCCAGCAGGACAGAACUUUCCCCAAUUACAGGGUGACUCAGCUCGCUGGUGACUCACGCCCGUGAGUCAUUUCCGGCUGCUGUGUGGAGCCCAGACACGUGAGAGGGAGACAAUGAGAGUGAGGAGAGGGACAGUGGCGGGCUCGGUGACCCGGACGAGAUCACCUUUGCCAACGGCGACCAGCCGGCGGCAGCCCAGGGCUGAUUCUACCACCGCCUGCCUGGCCCAGCGGCCAGAGGAAGAUCACCCCAGGAAGACUCCCCGAGGGAGGGGCCCCAACCCCUGGUUCUGGUCCGGCUCAGUUCCCCUUUGUUCGUCAUGCACUGGACAGUGUCGGUGGCCACAGGCUGCCCUCACGAAACGCCCCCCCCAAAUGUGAGCACCCGAGUUCUUGAGUGACGUGUGAUGGAAUGUGCCUUUUUCACUUUUGAUAUUUAAAUGACUAAAAAAAAAAUGGUUUUAUUUUUUAAAAAAAAGGACUAUUAAUAUAAAUCAAUAAAAGCAUAAGCCUACACUGUC